GCAAACGAAAUAAGCUCCCAGACGCGCGCUAACGGAUAAAUCCGUUUCGUAGUACGAAUAAUGCUUGUAAAAGAGUGCUGUUGCUUCUUUCCGUUAACGCUGCAGUGCAUACACACUCAAUUGCGAAUCCGCGACUCAGCGAAGUGUGAAUUGGCCAGCUGCAGGGGGGUACCAGUGGACGAGGGAAAAAGCAACCGACGGCGGCAUCACGUUUCAUUACAUUCGGAGGGGAGCCUUCUCCACGCGACAGGCGACCUCGCAGAACACCUCCAUUCAAUGAUGGAGCACCUAUCCACCAUCCUCCCCCCCUCUGAUUGAUCCUUUAUGGUUCGCCGCGUGGCUGCGUUUGUGUUAGACUCGGUUAUCAGCCUUUCGAAAGCACAUGAUGGUCGAUGUACGCAACAAGCCAUCGCCGUCAUUGUCGCCAACGCUGGUCCGAGCGUAUGUCCGUUAUCAAUCAGCACACUCUACUCGAUACUGCAGGUCAUAGCGCGACAGAUGAUAGCUUUGGUACGGCGUGCCCGGAAAUCCGAUCGCUCCCGAUAAAGCUGUGGCGGAGCGGAAGGGCGCGCACAUCACGGAAAAUCGUAAACAACACGUUUCCUCGGUGUGCACAACGAAUCGAGGAUCCUUGAACGAUCGACCAUGAAUAGCUCAAUCUUGCGGGAUGCUUUUCAAGUGCUUACCAACGAGGCAAAGGAUCUGUUCCUGCCCGCCAGCAUACCGGAAUCGUUCGGUGUUCCCACAUCGCUCGAGUUUGUUCGUGACUCUGUGGCCAAAAACAUACCCCUCAUAAUGCGUGAAUCCAUCAACGAUUGGCCAGCGCUAGAGAAGUGGAGUUCCAAGUACUUCCGAGAAACCAUACCCGACAAGGAGGUGACGGUAGCAGUAACACCCAACGGUUAUGCAGAUGGAUUGGCCUUGCACGAGUCAGAGGAACAUUUCGUUCUUCCGCUGGAGCAAACCAUGCGAAUGGAGGACUUCCUUUCAGCACUCGAUCGUAAGGAUCCCAACAGCGUGCUGUACAUCCAACGACAAAACUCUAACCUCACGGAAGACUUUGAAGAACUGUGGAACGAUGUGAACGAAGCGAGUCUUGACUUUGCAUCCGAGGCGUUCAACAAAAAGCCAGAUGCUAUUAACUUUUGGAUGGGCGAUGAAAGGGCUAUUACGUCAAUGCAUAAAGAUCCAUAUGAAAACAUAUACUGUGUUUUGUCCGGUUACAAGGACUUUAUUCUGAUACCACCGAUUGACCUACACAACGUUCCAAGGAAGCGCUACCCGAUGGGAGUGUAUAUGCAGGAGAACGACGAUUCUUUAGUGAUCGAGCCUAUUCUUGAUGAGAUUGGAAAGCCGCGCAUGAUCGAAUGGGUCAGUGUAGAUCCAUUAGCGCCAGAUUUGGAACGAUUUCCUUCAUUCGGCAAUGCUACCCAGUACGAGAUACGCCUGAACGCAGGCGAUAUGCUGUAUCUGCCGAGCCUGUGGUAUCAUCACGUUCGUCAGAGCCACAAAUGUAUUGCCGUAAACUUUUGGUACGAUAUGGAGUACGAUGCUCGGUAUUGUUUUUACAAAAUGGUUGAAAAGCUUUGCAAUUACGGACAGCAGUAGGAUACAUUGUAUUGCACAGUGUUAAUUAUUGAUUAAUAAACUAAACACCUUACUACACGUC